CCCUGCCGCCCCCUCGACAACGCCUGGUGCGCCCGCGCGCCCGCCCAUGGCUGGGAAGGUGCUGUCGCUGCUGCCGCCGUUGCUGCUGGCCGCGGCGGGCCUCGCCGGGCUCCUACUGCUGUGCGUCCCCACUCGAGACAUCUGGGAGCUGCCCGCCCUCAAGUACGGCAUUGUCCUGGACGCGGGCUCUUCGCACACGUCCAUGUUCAUCUACAAGUGGCCUGCAGACAAGGAGAAUGACACAGGCAUCGUGGGCCAGCACAGCUCCUGUAAUGUACGCGGAGGGGGCAUCUCCAGCUACGCAGACGACCCUUCCAGGGCUGGCCAGAGUCUCGUUGAAUGCCUGGACCAGGCGCUUCAGGAGGUGCCCGAGGAGAGCCAUGUGCACACGCCCCUCUACCUGGGAGCCACAGCAGGCAUGCGCCUGCUCAACCUGACCAGUCCCGAGGCCUCGGCCAAUGUGCUCGCGGCUGUGACCCGGACGCUGACCCGGUAUCCCUUCGAUUUCCGUGGUGCCCACAUCCUCUCGGGCCAGGACGAGGGGGUGUUCGGUUGGGUGACGGCCAACUACCUGCUGGAGAACUUCAUCAAGUAUGGCUGGGUGGGCCGGUGGUUCCGGCCAAGGAAGGGGACGCUGGGGGCCAUGGACCUGGGGGGCGCCUCCACACAGAUCACCUUCGAGACGGCCAGCCCAGCCGAGGAUCCAGCCAAUGAGGUCCGGCUGCGGCUCUAUGGCCAGCACUACUGCGUCUACACCCACAGCUUCCUCUGCUAUGGCCGUGACCAGGUCCUCCGGAGGCUGCUGGCUGGUGCACUCCAGACCCACGGCUUCCACCCUUGCUGGCCGAGGGGCUAUUCUACCCAAGUGCUGCUUCAGGACGUGUAUGAGUCUCCGUGUACCGCGGCCCAGCGGCCCCAGACCUUCAACAGCAGCGCCCGGGUCAGCCUGGCAGGGAGCAGCGACCCUGCCCUCUGCCGUGGCCUCAUCUUAGGACUCUUCAAUUUCUCCUCCUGCCGCUUCUCCCGAUGUUCCUUUAAUGGCAUCUUCCAGCCCCCAGUGGCUGGGAACUUCAUGGCCUUCUCUGCUUUCUUCUACACCGUGGACUUCCUAAGGUCUGUGAUGGGGCUUCCCGUGGCAACCCUGCAGCAGCUGGAGACAGCUGUAGUCACCGUCUGCAACCAGACGUGGAGUCAGCUGCAGGCUAAGGCUCCAGGGCAGCGGGCCCGCCUGCCCGACUACUGCGCGGGGGCCAUGUUCGUGCAGCAGCUGCUGAGCCGCGGCUACGGCUUCGACGAGCGCGCCUUCGGAGGGGUGACCUUCCAGAGCAAGGCCGGGGACACCGCGGUCGGCUGGGCGCUCGGCUACAUGCUCAACCUGACCAACCUGAUCCCCGCCGAGCCGCCGGAGCUGCGCAAGGGCACAGACUUCAGGUCCUGGGUCGCGCUUCUCCUGCUCUUCGCCGCCAUGCUUCUGGCCGCCGUGGUCCUGCUGCUGCGCCAGGCGCGCUCGGCCGGGGCGUCGAGCGCCAUCUAGCGGCGGGCCGGGUCCCGGCUCCCCGUCCCACCCGUGACGCCUCCGCCCCCAACGCUGCUCCGGCCGAGACUGGGGGCCGGGCCCACGGGGGACCGGGGUGGGCGAAGGGAGCCACCUCCGGCCCCUGCCUGCCUGCUGCAGCCUUCUCCAGCCUCCAAGGUCUCCUGCUCCUCCCCGCCCCCCCCCCCCCACUUCCUGGGGGUGGGGGAUUCAGACCUCCCCGGAGCCCUGGGCGGGUGACUUCAGGACUGGGUGUCUAGGGACCCCCACCCCGCCCUCGGGAGUCUGGGUCUGCAUCGGGGCGGUCAGAGCCCACAGGCUGGGAACGCAGCGCUUCCUUGUGACAAUUUUGUAAUAAAAGCUUCUUCCUAGAGCAGCGGAAUGUU